AUGGAAGAGUUUAAAGAGGCUACGAGCCAGCCCCCAGUCGUCACAGGGUGGGAUCGAGAACGAAAGAAUGAUUUGAGCCUUCAGGAAACGGAUGAUGUCCAUGAAACUGCCGAAAGAGUCGGUACUUUGCACCCAUUUAGACGAUGGUCUCAGCGACAUGUUGAUGGGUGGGCUGACACACUACCAGGCAGUUGUGACAAUACCUCUCAUGUUUCUCCUUACCAGGAAUCUCAGGAACAACAAUGGGAGAAGUUGUCUGGCAAUUCAUCUCACCUAGGAACGAUUAAGACGGCUACAAUGAGUACUGCGAGCCAGAGUGUAGUGAGAUCGAGGAGGACUACCCAGAGUACCACAAAUCCAAGCAUAAAGUCGGACCUGCGAGCUUCAAUUGACAGUUUGAGACCUGCAUUGAGUUCUUCCAUUGAUGAGGAAGCACAGAAGCGUGCCAUAAAGCGGCGUCAAGUUCUCCAGGAAAUAAUUUCCACUGAGAAUGACUAUAUUUUUGGGCUGAAGGCUCUUACCAGUUUGCUUUUAUAUACCUCAGCCCGCGCCGAAGUAUACCACAAUGUCCAACGUAUUCGUGAAACGCAUGAGCAUUUUUAUCAACAAAUCCGGGCUGUGGUCCCGAUUGCUAAAGCGGAUCUCGGUAAACCUUUAUACAAUGUAUCACAAAAAGAACUUCAAGCCGUUGACUGGAGCUUCAAAGGCAUCCAAAGUCGAUCCGCAAGGAUGCAUAAUCUCAAGGCCUCCCUCAAUUAUCGCCAUAAGGCCUCAACUGCGGAAGCACAUGAAGCUUUGGUAGUCGCUAGAGAAAUCGGAAAGUUGUCACGGUCCUUUGCGAACUACAAAGAGUUUUGUGAUAAUUACCAACUGAUGGUUGAAGAUGCUGCUGUUAUACGAAAAUCAGUUCGAAAUGGGCCAGCCUUUGAGCAAGGAGUUGAGGCUAUAGCAAAAUCAACGGCAUCUACAGAAGCUCGGGCAGUAUAUGAAAACAAAUCCAUGUGCUUGAACGAUCUUCUUGUCAAGCCAGCUCAGCGCCUCUGUAAAUAUCCACUGCUGCUACAAGAAUUAUUGAAAUACACUCAUAUCCAAGAUGACCCAUCGGUGCAUGACGAGAUUCGCCAGAUAUUGGAGGGUGUUCGUGCAAGUCUUGCUGGGAUCAAUGAAGCCACCACCAAUCCUCUCAAUACAGCUUUGGUUGACAAGACUUUCUCCUUACAGGAGAUGCUGGAGUUUCCCGAUCCGGCAACGAGCUUCGAUAUCUACAAGCAAUUGGGGCCUAUGUCUCUUUGUGGCGUUCUCCACGUCACUUACCAUGUGUCCCGACAUGUAGUAGGAGUUUACAUGGUUUGUGUUUUAUUCAAACACCAUUUUUUUCUCGCCAAGAUGAACGACGAAUACCGAAAGCUUCGCCCAAUUGCCUGUUUAUAUAUUAAUGAUGUGAAAAUUGAUAGCCCCACGAAUGGGAAAGGCAUCGAAUACUUUUGCUUAUUCUCGUGGAAAUUGAUAUUCCAAUAUCAAGGUGAGAAGUUUGAAAUAGUCUUGAGCGCCUCAUCUGCAACAGAAGAAAGGCGAUGGAAGACAGGCAUUCUCAAGUCAGCCGCUGCUUCGACAGAUGUGCAUGGCUCGGUUUCGUCCGAGUUGAGGGCCUGCAGCUUUCUAUCCCUGGAUGUCAACUCAUUGGAACAAGACUCAACGCUUCCUCGGCUGUCACGGCGGCCGUCUGUGCAUUCACUAGCCAUCAAAAGAACCCGUUCGGAGUCACAACAUGUAAUCAUCAAGAAGACGUAUUGCCCACAGAAACACGGCCAAACACACCAGGUAGAUGGCGAAAUAGAUAGACCAAAGACACCGUCUUCGUACUCAGCCGUGGUCCUGACCGCUAAAAGACAGGAUCGCAUUCGCCUGGAACGCGCUAUUUUGCCCAUAUAUACGCGAGAUGCACUCCCAUACCCUGGAAUGUUUUUGGCCACAGGUGAGAUCUUGUUUGGGUCUAGCUCACUCAUGAGACAUCUGAGCCUUCGAGCAAAGCGUUAUAAACGGUCUAGAUCUGUUAAUUUACCAACCUCCUGGCGUAACGUUCGUGACUCCCCCGGCCUUGAUAAGGAUAACGAGAAAAUGCAAGUCUCGGGCAAAACAGGAAGACGGGAGGCUUCAGAGUCCAGUAUAGGUCUCGAUAAUGAGAAAGGCCGGACACAGCGGCAAGAUAGUUCGAUAAUUAUCGGGCGAUCGAAGACCAUGAAGACGAAAAGCAGUCCAAAACUGACGUCGAGCUCUCAACCUCAGCCCGCGGCUAAGGGAGAUAAGAGUUCUGAACACUCUGAUGCGAUUUCACUCAAAACUAUUCGAUCGGUGAUAAAUUCCAUGUCACUAAGAAAGUCAAGGAAGAAUGCUCGCCCAAGUCUUAGUGGAGCAUGA